AUGGGGAAUUCAACUCACCGCGACCAUCCGAGAGACGAGAAGAGGAAGAAAAAAGAGGAGGAGGGGCGGGGCCGGAGUGACAAGGCACCUCAUCCUCAAGAAGACCGACGCCAAUCACGGUCGCGCCGUGAUCGGGGUCCCCGUCUAGCCCCUCUGCGACACCUGACCCCGCUGACACAGCCCGUGAUGAUCAUCCUGGACCACGUGGAGGACAUGGGCAUCGUGUCGUUCCCCGAGGAGUGCUUGAAGGUCUCCCCCAAGGUCAACCCGAAGAAGUACUGCUGUUUCCAUCGGCAGCGCGGGCACGACACGGACGAGUGUAUGGUCCUCAAGAGACAGAUCGAGGAGCUCAUCCAGUGGGGGUACCUAGGCCAAUACGUGAAGAGGACAGGGCAGAACCUCGCCAAAGGCCCCGACAACACCCGGAAGAGGAAGGGCGGUGCCGGACCAUCCGCCUCUGCCCCGCGCAAGAGGGAACUCGGCCAACUCACGGCCGACGAGGAGACCGAGCCGGAUAGUCCGCCAAAGAAGAAAGUCAUCCAUGUCAUCUUCGGCGGCCCGGAGGGUGGAGACACGCCCGCCAUCUAUAAGAGGUGGGCGCGGAGCCUAUACGUGGGGGAGGUCGUCCGGGUACCCCACGAAAAGAGGACACGCCGGGAGCCCAUAUCGUUCACCGACGACGACCUCCCGGAUGGCCCCCUGCCCCACCGAGACGCGUUGGUAAUCAGGCUGGAGAUCAAGGACAUCAUUGUCCACCGUGUACUGGUGGAUACGGGGAGCUUCGUGAACGUCAUGUAUUAUGACACCUUCACGAAACUCGGGUUAUUCCAAAAGUAG